AUGAGCGACUUCAAGGUCAUCAAGGUCGAUCGAUUCUAUUCGAAGGCGGUCAAGGAUGGAUUUGAUGAUAUUGUCAGGCAGAUCUUUAACAAUCGGGUCGAGGGAGAGGAAAACUUUCGUUACUUCGACCAGCGACUUUUGAUAUCCACCAUUGCCGUCCUCUUCAGCGCUUUCGGUUGUGGAUAUGACUACUACGAUCCUUACCCCAACUCGAAAUACGUCCUUGCUACUUGCUCCAUCAUGUAUUUCAUCCUCACCGGCCUCAUGCAGCUCUACCAGUGGUACGUCGAGAAGGAUAUCUUCCUUGUUUUCAACGAAAAAGUGGGAAAGAAAAAUUUGCGCUGGGAGAUCUCCUCGACUAUCGGAAAGUACGAUAACAUUUACAAGAUUGAAUUCAAGACGAUCAACGAUCAAGGUGCUAUCCAAGAAUACAAGGCGGAAAGAUGCUGCUCGACUUUUAUGGACGUCAACGGUCAAGUUCUUUUCCAGUUUUUGGAAGAAUGGAUCAUGAAGUGCCGUUCAGAAGUCAAGCCCGAAAAGAAAUCGAACUAG